GUGCCAGUAAUGGUCAGACCAUUGAGCCAAUCAGAGAGGUGGUGUAUGCUCCAGCAGGUAGCAAUAUUAUACUUUCAUGCACCUACUCAUCUGCAGUCUCUCUUCAAUGGUAUCUCCAGGACCCUGGAUCAGCUCCUCAGUAUAUCCUGCUUAUCCUGCAUGGUGUUGGGUCUCCAUCACGGGCUCCAGGUCUGGAUCCUAGACUGUCAGUCAAACUAAAUGAUGAGAAGACCCGUGUGGAUCUGGAGAUCUCCUCUGCUAAAGAGAAAGACUCUGCUAUGUACUACUGUGCACUGACGCCCACAGUGAAAGGAAACCUACAUACGCUGUACAAAAACCUAACCUGACACAUUCUAUAGUUACAUGACAUGACCGAAAGGAGAUGGUGCAUCUCAAGGUUUUUGACAGGAAACCUGGUGGGUGUGUUUAAAAACGUAUGUAAAGAGGAGGAGCAACAUUUUAUAUGCCUAAGGUACUUAUCAUUUCAAAGUCAUAGCAGUGUUUUGGCUUUGCUGUUUUCUAAAAACACAUUCAUGUCUGAUCUCUAACAUAGACAAUGAUGCUACUCUGUUAUAUUCUACUGAUCCCAGCCCUUGUAGGUGAUACUUGAGAGGAUAAUAUUACUCUAACCAGCCCUGAGGAGUAUUAUUUAGAGGGUAGCAGAUUUAAGCUCUCCUGUAACUAUACAGUAAUAGCAGAUAGUCUGCUUUGAUACAGACAGUACUCUGGAUCAAGUCUCCAAUUCCUCUUCUACACUACAGUUACCUCAAAGCCCUCUGUAAUAAGAGCU